AGUUUUAUAGUUUUACAGAACAAAGAAAAUCAUAAAUCACGGCAAGCUUAAGAUACAUUGGUGGGUACAGCAGAGAGAAGCAAUAACAUUGAGAUGGGGGAAACUUUCCUAUAGGCCCAAGAAGAUAUCUGAUGACUUGGGGGCCUGGUGAGGCCUUCUCUCAAAAGCCUGGGAAAUGAGGGGUCAGGAGGUAUAGAAAAAAAAAAAAAACAUUGAGGGGAGUCAUUUGACCAUUUAAACACACGGUGGGGCAGUAAGGGCGCCAUCAGUCGUUCACUCGUUAUACAAAACAGAGCCAGGAUCUCGGGGAACAGACCGCAGAGGGCCUCGGGGAGCCUGGGUCGCACUGACUUGGGGUUAGGGAAAGGCGGAACCUUGGUCCUCAGCUCUCUGUUUCUCGCGACUCCAUUCCAGCAGCUACACUACCUAAAGGACCGCCUCCUUCCCUUUCCCCCCGGGGGCCUAUCCGGAUCAGUUCCGGAUUUUGUGACUGAAUUUCCACCAAACCACGAGCCAACCCCCCCAUCACUGAGGCCAGUUUCUCCAGUACCCCCACCGCGCCCUCCGUAUCCCACGACGACUCCCUUCGUGGGAGAAGGCACGGGCUCGCGGAGCAGGCGGGGCCCGCGUGGCCGCAGGCGCGUUCCGCGGAGCUCGCUCCCAGCGCUUCACCUCCCGGCUCGCGUCCCAGUGGCCCGGCACGCGGCGCCGGCUUCCCCCUCACCUCCCAGCCGAGCGGCCUCCAGACCCCUCGCCGUUGGAGCGACCCCGGCGAGGCCAGGCGCUCGGUCCGGCCGAGGGAAGCCGGAGGAGGACCGGGCUAGGAAGAGCAGCGGGGUUUCGCGGAGGCGGUCCCGCGCGCCCUGGUAGGCGGAGUGGCAGAGUCACCUGAGAAAGCCAGACAGCUGCAUCCCCUCCCGCCGGAGCUCCGCACCCAGACUAGUGGUCCAGGCCCGGGAGCCCGCGUCACACCAGCGAGGACAGGCCACAUCGAGCGACUGACUGAACAUGGCCACACCGUUCCUAUCCGCAGGGGCCACCACGGGCGACAGCGGUGGGGAACUGAGCUCUGGGGACAACUCUGGUGAUAUGGAAUCACCCCAGACUCCCGAGACCGAGACGUUCCGGAGCCUGGCCGAGCAGUUUGAGAAGGCUGCCGCACACGUCCAAGGCCUGAUUCAGGUGGCCAGCAGGGAGCAGCUCCUGUACCUGUACGCCAGGUACAAGCAGGUUAAAGUUGGCAAUUGUAAUAUUCCCAAGCCAAACUUCUUUGAUUUUGAAGGAAAGCAAAAGUGGGAAGCAUGGAAAGCCCUUGGUGACUCAAGCCCUAAACAAGCAAUGCAGGAAUAUAUCGCGGCAGUUAAAAACCUAGAUCCAGGGUGGAAUCCUCAGUCUGAUCUUCCUAGCACCAGUGAAUGGGAAUGCUUUGACUGUCAGUUUGAGCUGAUAACGGGCUUCCGCAGUUUAGUGUCAGAGGUGCUUUCCCACCAUCGUUCCUCUUCUGGUUUUGUUAUGGAAAACGCUUUUGAAAUAGACGAUGCAAACGUAAUAGAUGGAAAGAAAGGUUCCGCUCCCUCAUGA